UUCGAGUACCCUUGAUCUAUCUCCAGUAUUCUCCACCGCCUUUACCCAGGCUGAAAGCCUGAAACUUUUCUCGCUUUCUUUUCUUUUCUUGGCUAUAUCAUAUAUAUUUAUAUAUUUUGGGUUAAGUUUUUUAGCUUUGAUUAUGGACCAAGAUUCUUGGGCUAUGGAGGCGUCGCAGAGAGACAAAGAUCGGGUUAAGGGUCCGUGGAGCCCUGAAGAGGACGAGAUGUUGUGGAAGCUGGUGCAGAGCCACGGGGCUCGUAGCUGGUCGGUGAUUAGCAAGGAGAUUCCGGGGCGGUCCGCAAAGUCUUGCAGGCUCCGAUGGUGCAACCAACUCUCGCCAGAGGUGGAGCACCGGACAUUUACACCCGAGGAGGACCAGAUCAUCGUCAAGGCACACGCUAAGUAUGGCAACAAGUGGGCCACCAUCGCUAGGCUUCUCAAUGGCCGUACGGACAACGCGAUCAAGAACCAUUGGAACUCUACGUUGAAGAGGAAGUACACCUCGAUGAGCAAUGACACCGCCGCCACCACAAUCACCGUCGACGAAGCUCUAUCCCGGCCGCUCAAGAAAUCUUCCGAAACCCAUCCGUUUGUGUCGGUUUCGGGUCGACGUUACAGUCCAUGUACCACGUCCGAAUCGGACGCGAGCGAUUCGGUUCUCCCUGCGAUGUCCACCUCGCAUGUGGUUCGGCCUGGAGCGAGAACCCGCGCGGUCCCGUCGCUUUCCCAUGGGGACGAGUCACCACCGAGUGAGCACCAUAACAAAGCAGAUAACCGCCACAAGUACGACGAGCCAUUGACUCUGCUCACUUUGUCCUUGCCAGGGACCGAGUCGUAUGCGUUACGUACCAGCCGUCACUCAGCGCCUUGCCAGGAAUAUAAAGAGAGCGGAUCACCGUCGGAACUGCCCGAUUUGAAUGAAGACAUAACGCCGGCAAUGCCAAACAAUCAAUACAGAACGACAACGUUUCCGCCAGAUUUAUUGUCCGUGAUACAGGAAAUGAUAAGAAAGGAAGUGAAGAAUUACAUGGCCGGGCUUGAGCUUUAGAGAGAGAGACUUCGAAUAGAAUGAAUGGGAUUGAGAUUACAAAACAGAAGAGAAAAAGAAGCUCGGUAAAACAGAGAGAAACUACCAUUGUUCCUUUUUGUUUUGUUUCUUUUAGCUUCUCUAUAUUUUAGGAGGAAAAAAAAGAUAAAAAUUUGAGGCUUCUGUACAGAAAGAGUUUGCUAUAUACAACUA